AUGCUUCCAAUAGAAAAAGAAAAUUCUAGAGUUGCUACAACUAAACCAUUAGAUGAACUUUUUACUAAUGUCGGUCAAAAGUUUGAGACAGAUACCGUAAAGCAUGAAGGCUAUCGUUUUGACUACCCAUUAAGAUGGCUAAGAGACCCAUCUGUCACAAAAGCCAUUGGCUUUCGUAGAAUGAAGUUCAUUUCAGAAGCCAUACAUGGUUUCCCAUUUACGGUCGGUUUUGUAGUUCGAUACUAUAACAAAGAAAAACGUAUGUAUGAGAAAUUUGAACAGGGAAAACUUUUACAAGUGAAUUUGCUUAUAAAUUUAGAAACAACUCUUCAAGCUUUUCAAGAAAAAAUAAACGAUAUCUAUAUCGAAUAUGCAAACCAGUAUAACAUUGACGAAGGAGAAUACCAUCUCGAUAUUAUUUAUGACAGGAAAAAUGCAACUGUUAAAAUCAAUAAAAUAGAAGACCUUGGAGAAAACGUUUAUAUUUCUACAAAAUAUAACAACUUGGC